AGGAAUGACAAGUAAUUCUUUAUUUUUGUUAUUUCAAUCAGUCUUGCUGCCCUCUUACACAGUAGCACCCUGGGCCAUUUCGCUACAGCGUACAUCUCAAUUGGAGAUUUUAUGGAAACUAGCAAAACCCAACAAAAAGGUUACUUAAGUUUUUUGUUACUGGGUUCCGCUUGUGUACUGGAGUUCUUUUCCCGACUGUAAGUGAACGCAACGUGAAAAGCGCUCGUAGCCACGCCCCUUUGUAGUAGGGCGGGGAGAUGCAGCCGUUGAUGUCAAAAAGUUACACAAGCUGAGCGGGGGGAGGUUUCUCAAAAGAGCGGUUUCACAACUGUAAACAAGACUUCACACCUACAUUCAGGCUGACCGGUUCUACCUGCGACCAAGGGAGCGCUUCUUCAGAGGAACACCGCCCUGCCUUCAGUACGAAUCAGCGGGAAAUCAUUUUUUAUUCCACCCUCUCCUCCUCGUCUUCUCCUUGUUGGAUCGUAACCGUGUGAUCUUCGGUCCUCUGCUUUAUAUUCCCAGUGAUCAGUAAAUAUUAGAAAGCAAGCGGUAUGUUAACUUGAUCUCCUCGGUUCCGGUCUCCAAAUAACUCUCUCUGUUGUCCGUCUGUCUGGCCUCUGUGGAUCUGUGGUUGGCUCCGACGCCUUCACUCCGCUCCUACUCGCAGUGGACUGCCGUGGCCUGUUGAACCAUCACCCACAGACCAUCUACCAACAUCUCAACCAUGGAGCUCAGCUCAGUGAUUGCAACCACCGGGAGCUCGGUGGUCUUUUUCAGGCUGGUGAACGCAGGGAUCGGUAGGCUUCACAUCCCGGAGUCUGCCAGCAGGAACUCCUGGAAAUGGAGAAAUAUCUCCACAUCAUCCGUGCACAGCUUCAUCACGGCGAUCUGGGCUGUGCUUUGCUUUUUCCGUCAUCCACAGAUGGCUGAGGAUCUGAUAGAAACUCACUCUGUGUUUUCACAUGCUUUGGUGUCCUUUUCCAUCGGUUACUUCAUCUAUGACUUUCUUGACAUGGUGUGCAACCAGAAGCUGAUUCAGUCCUGGGAGCUUCUCUUUCACCACAUUGUGGUGAUCACCUGCUUCGGCCUCUCCGUGGUAUCAUCCCGCUACGUGGGAUUCGCCGUGGUGGCCUUGCUGGUGGAGAUAAAUUCCGUGUUCCUCCACCUCCGGCAGAUCCUGCGCAUGGCUAGCAUGGCGACGGGCACGUUCUACCGUGUCAACAGCAUCAUCAACCUGGGGACGUACGUGAUCUUCCGCAUCAACACGCUGGCUUGGAUGACCCGGUGGCUAGUGCUCAACAGGGACAAGGUACCCCUGGUGGCCUACACGUUGGGCAGCGUGGGGAUGGCCAUCAUGACCGUCAUGAACAUCAUCCUCUUCUGUCGGCUGCUCAGGAGCGACUUUUUAAAGAGCAGCACCCGGGAGGCCAAGAAGGAGAUGUAGAACUCUGCGUUAGUGCCUGGGAUCUGGUACCGUAUUUGCCUGUGUUUUAACAUCCUCAAAGCUGGGAGAAGGAGAUGAAGAGACGUAACCACUCUGUAAGUGUAAUCAGACAGCCUCACUUUUAAAAACUGACCUCGCUCACCUUAUGCUGGUGGAAACUUCUUUAGCUGCAUUUUGGCAUCGGAGCUUGUGUGCUUCUUCUCAUGAAGAACACGAGUCCUUUUAAAAGUGUCACCAAAAUGUCUUAAUGUCCCAAUCAUCUUAAAAUGUAGCUGAGGAUGGGUGAGGGCACACCUCCUAUAAAACAGAUCCUCCGGCACUUACUUAUACAGCCACCCGGAACAGAAAAUAUUAAAUAUCUUCAGGAACAUCAUAAAUAUAUCAUUUAGUUCAUCUACUUUAUAUUAUACACACCUUAUGGUGUUGAUUUCUUUGUUGUUUUUACCCACUGAGUAAAUGAAUCUUCUUAUUGUUUGACUUUGGCUCUGCAUAGGUGAAUGUGUUUUCCACCAAAUCUCCUCAACUAAAAACCGCCUGCUACCUCUGAACCGGUUGCUAACUCCCACUUUUCUGACAGUGUUCAGGCUUGAAAGAAAAAUGCAUGUACAGCGCCUGCUCUCCACAGGUUUUGUUAAACCAGUUAAAAAUGUGUAAAGGCCUUAAAAUAAAUUCCUCUUGUCUUUU